AUGACUAGCAACUCCUCGCUGGGUACCUGUCAUCCCCAGUGCCUCGCCCUGACCUCAAUCCUGGGGAGCAGCAAAGUCUUCUUACCCGGCACGACUCCGUACCAAUCAUCUCAGCAAUCUUAUUUCGCCCAACAAAACACCGAUCUGCACCCGUUGUGCGUCGUGUUCCCAGAUUCGGCAGAGGAUGUCUCCAGCGUCAUCACAAGUUUAGUCGCAACUGCCGCCUUCCUGCCUGAAGACCAGCAAGAUGGCUGCCACUUCGCCAUCCGCUCCGGCGGCCACAACUUCUUCGGAGGAGCCUCCAACAUCCAACACGGCGUCACCAUCGACCUUCGCGCCCUGAGCAAUAUCCGAGUCCAGAAUCCGCCCGAGAACGAUGCCUCCCACACUGUCUACAUCGGGGCUGGAGCCACCUGGGGGGACGUAUACGGCCAGCUCGAUCCGGCGGGCCUCGCGGUGGCUGGUGGCCGCGCUGCCCAGAUCGGGGUCGGCGGUUUGACACUCGGAGGCGGCAUUUCGUACUUCUCGCCACGCUAUGGUUGGACAUGCGACAAUGUGGUCGGCGCGGAGGUCGUCCUGGCCAAUGGAACGAUUUUGCACCUGAAUGAGGUACAGCAUUUGGGGGAGCUGGCCGCUCUGCGCGGGGGCGGGUCCAAGUUCGGGGUGGUGACGGGCUUUGAUCUGCGGGCCUUCCCGCAGGGUCCGAUCUACGGCGGCAGCGUCCGCCAUACGAUAGAUACCGUGGAUGCGCAGAUGCGUGCGUUUGUGGAGUUGAGCGACCCGGUGGCUCAGCGCCAUUACGAUGAGAAUACCUCGUUGAUCACCAGUUUUGCAUUUGCGGGUGGCCAGGGCUCUGCAGUGGUGAACAGCAUCGUGUAUACAGGGGAGCUGAAGGACGAAGAAGACCACCCGCCCAUGUAUGAUGCGUUCUUUGAGAUUCCUUAUAUAUCUAGCACGGUGCGUAUAGCCCCUUUACACGACGUGGCGAUUGAACAGGGUUCAUUUUCACCCAAUGGACAAAGGCAAUUGAGUGUAGUGACUACACAUAACCCCACCGUGCCUAUGUUGAAUGCGACCUAUAUACGAUGGAAUGCCAGUCUAGCAGCCGUGCAAGAGGUGCCGGGCAUCGUCUGGUCGAUCUCCCUCGAGCCGUUACCUCCCGCUAUCUACGCGCGGGCUCCAGACAGCAACGCGAUGGGGCUAUCGAACUACGAGGGAUCACUGGUGGUGACCGUGCUGAGCGCCACCUGGGACGAUACAGCGGAUGACACCUUAGUGGAGGAAGCAGCGCGGACGCUAUUCGCGGGAAUUGAAGCCGACGCGCAUGCUUUGGAGGCAUACCAUCCGUUUGUGUAUCUGAAUUACGCAGCGCAGUGGCAAAAUCCGAUCGCUAGUUACGGUCCCAAGAGCGUGGAGAUGUUGCGGCGGGUCAGCCGGGAGCUCGAUCCGACAGGGGUCUUUCGGCAGAUGAUGCCCGGAGGGUUUAAUCUUCCCACGUGA